AUGGAUGAAUUACCUGAGGAUAUAAUUGUUAUCAUCUUCUCAAAUUUAGAUGUGAAAACUCUUCUAAGUUUAAGGUUCACAUGUAGACAAUGGCAUCAAAUAAUCAACGGAAGCUGUUUUGGGAGACAACUUGCAGAGAAGCAAAACUUGAAGAAAGGUGUAGUCCAACAACCCAUGCUCUUAAUUUUCUAUCCUAAUCAUAACCCUUCUUCUGAUGAUGAUCAUCAUCGUAUCCUUAACCCUAACCCUAACCCUAAUAAUAAGGAUGAAAGGGUUUUGGAGAUUGAUUUGAACCUAUUUCCAUGGCCUAAUUGGCAUUCGAACAAUAACAAGGACCCAUUAUUGUUUGAGAGUUGUGCCAAUGGUAUAUUUUGCUUCACAAGAAACUCAUCUUGCACUAAAUCCUAUUUGGUUAACCCUUUGAGAAAAGAGAUUUUAGAAUUACCACCUCUGAAUAUAGAACCGCCACCGCGAUUGAAAUACCGCUAUUGUUAUUACGGAUUAGGGUUUGAUAAAUUAAAAAGAAAGUACAAAAUUGUAUGUGCUGUUAUCGAUUGUUAUAAAGAUUCGAUAAUCUUUACUUUUUACACACUCAAAGAAUCAAAGUGGGUUCAACUCAUCACAAAAUUACCAUCACAAUAUGUUCCACUGAGAUGUCCUAUAUGGAUUGAUAAUAAAGGAGUUAUGUAUUGGAUUUGUUUUGAUCCUUAUGGUAAUAAUAUUGAUUAUGAUCAUAAUCGUUAUAUGGUUAUGGCUUUACAUCUUGAGAAAGAGGAGUUUAGGUUUGUUUCUUUCAAUAAAGGCGAAUAUGGUUAUUCUUAUAGUGCUAAUACUCAAUUGGUUGAUCUCAAUAAUGGAGUUUUGAGUUUAGUAUAUUAUUUGGAGUAUGAUACGGAAAUAUGGAAUUUGAUCAAUGUUGAUGAGAAAGAAAAUUGGGUUAAAAUGUACAAAAUUGAAAAUAGCAGAAAAAGUAAUUAUGUGUUUCCUUAUAAUAUUCACCACCAGUAUUACUAUUGUCAUUAUCAUGAUCUUCCAUAUAAUGAAGUUAUAGGGCCAUGGGAGAAUGGUGAAGUAUUAAUAAGAUGUAGAAGAGGGACUUUCAUGGCUUAUAAUCCAAGCACUAAUACAUUUAAAAAGCUCAAUUUUUCACCAAUUGAUCAUACAAAAUUCUGCUAUUCCAAUAGCUACACUCCAAGCCUUGCUUCUGUCUCUUGGAUUCAAGAUCAUUUUCUUAAUUAA